AUGCUUGGAAGAGCUGGGCGCGGGCGCCUAAUUCCGGGAUGUGAGAUCGCGCCUGGAAGGGUGGUGGAGGCCCAAGGCGCCCGGAAUAGGCAAGGUGAGGGUGAGACUGCGCUUCCACCCUGCACCUCGGACGCCAGGUUUUAGGGUGUGACUCCUCCCAGAACAGCCCCAGGUAGCCAAAGGCAAACAAGCCUCACUUGUUUCCGGGGGCGGUUGUACCACGAGACGUGGCUCUCGAUACUUGCCUCCCAUGCCAACAAGGAGAAGGAGGGAGCCCCCCAGGAAGACAACUUGAGAGUGGGUGGGCUGCACGCUGGGCGGUGUGAGACUUCAUUGCAGCCGCCUCCCAGCCCCACCGCCAGUCUUGAGUCCCGCCAGGACCAGCCGCCCUUUAGAGACCCUCGGUCUCACCUCCCAGCUCGGCAGAGCCUGCCUCCUCCGCUGCGGAGUGAGGAUUACAUUCCCGAGCGCAACCCGCCUCGCCCCUGACUCUCCCCCUCCCCGCCAGACUCCCUCACCCUCCGCCCCCCAAAUUUAUGUUAGAGGUUGCGUGGCGGGCUAGUCUAAUCUAGCACCCAGCAGUACUCCUGGGAAAACUGAGCCGGGCAAAAGCGCAAACCCGCCCCAGGAACUGGUCCACUCGCCGGGCUGAGCGCGCCUGCCCCGAUGCGGACACAGGAGUGCGUGCGGAGAUGCAUUCCGGUUUCCGCGUUUCCACUGCUUUCAGGAUCAGGGCAGCGAACCGGCACCUAGAAAAGAUAUAUCAUGGUCAGAAAGAGACAACAGGCGAGCGAGAGACGUCACGCCAAAAAAAAGUGGGGGGUGGGAGGGCGGAGGAGGCAUUUGUGCAGGAGAGGCGCACAGGCAGUAUGUGGAUAUAGCCGAGUUAGAACUUCCUUCUUCCCUCUCCCCUCCUCUUAGUUCUUCUGGCCUGCCUCCCGCCUCCCCCCAACCCCCCAUCUCUCUCUCUCUCUCUCUCUCUCUCUGUCUCUCUCUCUCUCUCUCUCACACACACACACACACACAUACACACACACUUGUAUUUUGUGCUGUCGUAAAACCCACGUGUCCAGCCGGGAGGCUGCCAGAGCUUGGAGCCGAGGAGCCGGGACGCGGCGGCGGCCGAGCGCAGCAGCCCACGGCGGCUCCGUCCGGCGCCCGGGUCAGCCCGCGCUCCCGCGCUCUCGGCCCGACUGCUUUUGCGCCCUCCGCAGGCCUCCACAUCCCUCGUUCGCGGCCGGGGAGGGCUCCGGGGGGCCGAUCUCUAGGGCUCUCCUAAGCUGCCCAGGGGCAUGUAGAGCACCCGGGACGCACACUCUCCCGCACGCUCAUCGAGAUACACGCACGCUCCCGCCGGAGACUCAGAGUUUUCAGCUUGAGGCGUCGGACAUGCUGAAGCCCGGAGACCCCGGCGGCUCGGCCUUCCUCAAAGUGGACCCAGCCUAUCUGCAGCACUGGCAGCAACUUUUCCCGCACGGCGGAGGCGGCGGCCCGCUCAAGGGCGGCGGCGCCGCGGGUACCCUGGGCGCGCCGCAGCCUCCCCAGCCGCCGCCGCCGCCGCCGCCUCCCGAGCGCGCGGAGCCUCCUCCCGACAGCCUGCGCCCGCGGCCCGCCUCGCUCUCCUCCGCCUCCUCCACUCCGGCUUCCUCCUCCACCUCGGCCUCCUCUGCCUCCUCCUGCGCCGCCGCCGCCGCCGCCGCCGCUGCCGCGCUCGCGGGGCUCUCGGCCCUGCCCGUCGCUCAGCUGCCGGUGUUUGCGCCCCUGGCCGCCGCCGCCGUCGCCGCGGAGCCGCUGCCCCCCAAGGACCUGUGCCUCAGCGUCGCUUCAGGCCCGGGGCCCUCCAAGUGCGGCAGCGGCGGCGGAGAUGGCCGGGGCGCCCCGCGCUUCCGCUGCAGCGCCGAGGAGCUGGACUAUUACCUGUACGGGCAGCAGCGCAUGGAGAUCAUCCCGCUCAACCAGCACACCAGCGACCCCAACAACCGUUGCGACAUGUGCGCGGACAACCGCAACGGUGAGUGCCCCAUGCAUGGGCCGCUGCACUCGCUGCGCCGGCUCGUGGGCACCAGCAGCGCCGCGGCGGCCGCGCCCCCGCCGGAGCUGCCCGAGUGGCUGCGGGACCUGCCGCGGGAGGUGUGCCUGUGCACCAGCACCGUGCCCGGCCUAGCCUACGGCAUUUGCGCGGCGCAGAGGAUCCAGCAGGGCACCUGGAUUGGGCCCUUCCAGGGCGUCCUCCUGCCCCCGGAGAAGGUGCAGGCCGGCGCCGUGAGGAACACGCAGCAUCUCUGGGAGAUAUAUGAUCAAGAUGGGACACUACAGCACUUUAUUGAUGGUGGGGAACCUAGUAAGUCGAGCUGGAUGAGGUAUAUCCGAUGUGCAAGGCACUGCGGAGAACAGAAUCUAACAGUAGUUCAGUACAGGUCGAAUAUAUUCUACCGAGCCUGUAUAGAUAUUCCCAGGGGUACCGAGCUUCUGGUGUGGUACAAUGACAGCUAUACGUCUU